CACUCUGGUCUCCAUCGUAUGAAGCUGGCUGCCGUUUUGAAGCUCCAUCUUUCUGCCAGUUUCUCUCUUUUCCAGCUUUCUUUUUCUUUCUUGCUCUCUCUCUCUCUCUCCCUCAUACUGCUGUUGUCUCUCUGCCUUGUUUCUCAGAGAGGGUUGUGCAUCUGUGGGGGUUUGUGUUGUAGGCUAGAGGAGGAAACAUGCAGCAUCCUGGAGGAACAUGUGUAGCAUUACCCAACGUGGAUGCCUGUCCUCAGCUGUCCUGUGCAGCCCUCACCUUCAUGUACUUACAGCAGGCUAACCAGGACUUACCAGCUCCCCCAGACCCAUCCAUGGCCCAGGCUUUCCCAUCAGCCCCAUUUGCUCCCACACCCCAGAGCAUUCCAGCUGACUUUACAGCUUCACAUGCCCAUCCACAUCAACACUCUCACCCACACCAGAACCCAGCAGCACCACAGGACUACACUGGGGUCCAGGGUUCCAUCAGUGACUGUCCACUCAAUAUGUACCAGUCCUCCCAGAACCACAAUGAGCAAAGUGGAUCAGACUCUGUCAGUCAGACAGUAACUGGCACAGCCACACAAACAGAAGAUGUUGCUCAAACAGACAGUUGGCCAUCCACAGAGUUGGUACCUGAAAGCACACACAACAAGGCCCAACCAAAGAGACUUCAUGUCUCCAACAUCCCCUUCAGGUUCAGAGACCCAGACCUCAGGCAAAUGUUUGGGCAAUUUGGCAAAAUUUUAGACGUGGAAAUCAUCUUCAACGAACGCGGUUCUAAGGGUUUUGGUUUUGUAACAUUCGAGCAUAGCGUGGAUGCAGACAGGGCAAAAGAGAAAUUACACGGCACCGUGGUAGAAGGUCGUAAAAUAGAGGUCAACAAUGCAACAGCCCGUGUAAUGACAAAUAAGAAGACUGUCAGCCCAUAUGCAAAUGGCUGGAAAUUCAAUCCAGUGGUCAGCGCUGUCUCCAUCCCAGAAUUCUAUGCAGUAACAGGAUUUCCCUGUCCAGCACCCACUGCAGCAGCAGCAUACAGAGGAACUCACCUACGAGGUCGGGGACGGACUGUGUACAACACAUUCAGGGCAACUGGACCAGCUCCCUAUGUCCCAGCAUGUGGAGGUGUUGUUUACCAGGAUGGAUUUUAUGGUGCAGAUAUUUAUGGCUGUUACACUAACUACAGAUAUGCCCAGCCUACUGCUGCCACAGCUGAUGCAUACAGCGACAGUUACGGACGAGUAUAUGCUGCCGACCCUUACAGCCACACACUCUCUCCAGUAACCACAUUCAGCAUUGGUGCUAUGAAUGCAUUUGCCCCACUGACAGAUGCCAAAACUCGGAGCCAUGGUGAUGAUAUGGGGCUGGUGCUGUCUUCCCUCCAGGCUAGUAUAUAUCGAGGAGGCUACAGUCGCUUUGCACCCUAUUAGCAACACCUCCAACCUAUACUCAACCAUCCAACAGAACAGAAAAAAGAUCCCAACUCUUUACUCGGAUCUUUAUUUCCAUUAUAAGACCUUUACAUUUUUUUUAAGUUGUUAAGCUCUGCUGGACAUGUUGGUUUGGUUAUCUAUGCUCUGAGAACAAAAUAAACAGGGACAAGACACAAAGGCAGCACAUACAUUCCACACAUUCAGUCUUCCUUCUCAGCUUCCCCCUCGAAGUUAGCUGAGAGCUGCUACUGUUUUAACAUUAAGCAAAAACACACGUUACACCUUACCAAAUAACUGAUUACUGUAACAUCCUGCAAUACUGAUCUGUUGGACUAAAAGUAAUUACAAAUCAUAAUCAGCUUGUAAUUAUACAUUACCAUUUCAUGACAGCCAGAUGAGUGCUCCACAAAUGUAAUUCAUUUCUGUACUAACAUUUUUUUUUCUUUUAAGCGAGACAAAAUAUAUUAAAAAAAAAUAAAAAAUUCUGCAAUGCAUUUGCAUCUCUGCAAAUUUACAAAUGAAAAGAAAUCACUGUCUGUGGGUUUAAGUUAAUUAUGAUAAGGUAUCUGAACGAAAACAAUAAACAAUAGAAACUUAAGAUAUUGACUCAUGCUGGUCUUUCACCUAGAUAUAUAUAUUUUUCUAUUUGCUUUCAAUACAUUCAUUGAUAUAACUGAGGAUUGUUAUAUUACAGGAGAUGUAAGAGAUGUAAGAACAGUGGUCAAAGCCACUGCAUCAGUUUUGUUUUCUGGCCCAUUAUGUUUCUCCUUUUUGUUUGUUCCAUUCUUCUUCUUUUUUUUAUUAAAUUUAGGAGGGUCAGCAUAAAGUAUAACAAUUCAACAAUGUAUUAAAUUGACUGAUUGACUGUGCAGUGAAAAUGUUUUACAAAAUACAGAAAUAUAUCAUGUUUUAGAUUUAGAGGUGUAGCUUAGUUGUUUUUUUUACUCAAAACAUAGUCUGAUUUUUUAAAAAUAUUUACAAAUAAUUGCAAUGUAGAUACAUGCUGUUUGUCAUGUUUUGUCAAUUGUGCUAUUUUGCAUUUACAAGUAAACUUCCAAAAGCUGUAAUCGUAAUAUGUUUUUAAAACAGUUCUGCUGUUCUCUUUUCUUUAUCCUUCCUUUCACUCUUAGUGGGACAUUAAGACAUUUUUGAUGUUUUUUAGAACUCAGCCUUUGAAAUGUAACAGUUUAAAUAUUACAGUAUUAAAUUAACAUAACGGGUAAAUUAUUUGUGAACAAAAAUAGCUAUGUAAAUAUCAUCAAAUAUAUUUGUAGUGUAUUUGACACGCACUACAUGGGCAACAGAAAACUGUCCACAGCUGCACUGCAAGCCAGCCUUCAGGUCUCUUCUGUGUCAUAUUCUGUUUACAACUAUUCGCAAUUAAGGGUGUUGUCACAUAUGUCCCUUUUUUAUUUAUGACAAAAUUAUGUAGGAAAAACUCAGAUUCACCAAAUGAUUUUAGAAAAAAGGCAGCAGCAAGAGCCUCAGUGUCUCUUCGCCCUAUUAGUUUAAGUCAGUGGUUCCCAAACUGUGUUUUGCUAGGCCCGCUUUGUUUUACAAGAAAAUUCCCCCCCCCCUUCCCCCCACACACACAAACACAUCCUCCAACCACACAUGCCCAAAUUUUGUUUUCAAACUCCAUUUCAAUUUAUUUCACCCCUCAACCCUUUUGUAAACAAUACAAAAAAAAAAUAAAAGUAAACUGCAAUAAAUUACAGGUUGCAAUAGAAUAAACUACUAACUCUUUUACGCUACGUCCACACCUACACAGGUAUUUUUGAAAAAAACGCAGCUUUAUCUACAUGCAUUUGGGCCUUUCGUCCACACGUUUCGGAUCACUGAAAACAGAUUUUUAAAAACUCCUGCCAGGGUGGAGAUUUUCACAAGUCCGUUUUUGCUUUCACGUGUGGACGAGGAAAACUGAGAUUUAGUGCACAAAAACCUUUUUACUCUUUCCCUCACAGGCUUCUAGAAUUGAUCAACAUUUCUUCAUGGUUAGGAUUUGCCAUGUUCUUGACAGCGUUUGACUUCGUUUUUUGUGUUUACAUGGGGAUGGAGAUAUUAUUUUUUGUAAUGAAGACGGAAAAUCUCCAUUUUCAAAAAUACCCGUGUAUGUGUGGACAUAGCCUUAAAUAACAGAAAAACAAACCAUCUUUAUGGUCUAAUUAUUUUACGUGAAAUUUUUUUUUAUUUUUACUGUGUAAGAAUAUUCAACAUUGCUAUUAAUACAUGUUUUCAAAGCGUGCCUCUCUGGGCAAAAGGGGUUCAAAAACAUGAACAAAUGUGGGAAAACAAAUUCUUUCGGGGGAUACCUACCUUGGCACCACCGUUGUGCAGGUGAAGCCACAUGCUUCAUCAUAUUUUCUAGUGUUUGGCUUGGAAGGAAGUUGGUUUGGAAGCAUAUCUGGUGAUGCUUCAUCUUCUGCUUUGUGUUUCUGUGGGAGCCCCGUCAAAAAUCUGUCCAUUAUGCUAGCAGUGUCCAAGCAUGCCCCCCACUUUGGGAACCACUGGUUUAAGUCGUUGUCUGAGCACUACGUGUGAGGACCACUGAUCAAAAACUGCACAACUUGUCUUCGCGAUGCUUGAAUGUCUGGAUCUCCAACUACUUUGUACAAUCUCUGCUUCCAAUAGGUGUGGUCAUUCAAAACAAGGCUUCCUACCCAAUCAUUGUAUGUGCAUGUAUUAUGGUUCAUCCA